UUAGAAUGGGUGUCAUUAUCUUUGUCUUACUAACCCUGCUUUCAAGAACACGGGCAGAUGAGCAAACAUGCAAAGUGAUUCAAAAGACAACUUUAAAGUCAUUUUCCAAGAAUGGUGAUCUGAAUAUAGCAGGAAUUUUCUCUAUAACAAGUACAAGAAAACUGGUUGACAACAACUAUCAAGCAGUUCCGUAUUCUUACUGUCAAAGAUAUAACCACAGAGAACUUAAGUUUGCCCAAACAAUGAUUUUCACUGUGGAGGAGAUCAACAGGGAUCCUUCGCUCCUCCCUGGAUUAACCUUGGGUUACAAGGUGUACAAUGGGUGUGGGGUUGAAAACCUUAUUCGAGCAGCUAUUGAAGCCUUGAAUGGAAAUGAUCCACUGGACUGCAGUGGUCAGACCCUGGCUGUUUUAGGUCAUUCAUCCUCAGGUGUGAGUGACGAUAUAAACACUAUAAUCAGCUCAGUAUCUGUACCACAGAUCAGCCACUUGUCUACAUGUGCUUGCUUAAGUGAAAAAAGUCGAUAUCCAACCUUCUUCAGAACAGUACCAAGUGACCAAUUCCAAAUCACAGCUCUGGUACAGCUUAUGAAAUACUUUGAUUGGCGCUGGGUAGGAGUAAUUUAUUCUAUGGGUACAUAUGCUGCGGAGGGUUCAUCUGAGUUUGUGAAAAAAGCACAAAAGGAAGGUAUAUUUGUAGAAUACCGGCUACUUUACCUAAAAUCGUCCAUAUCCAAAUUUAGAACUAUUGUAAAAACACUGAAGAAGUCUUCAUCCAAGGUGGUGUUAUUGUUUAUGUCUCUUUCUUACACAAAGUCGUUUCUUUCAAAAAUGGAAGGGCAUAAUAUAACUGGAAAGCAGUGGGUUGGCAGUGAAUCUUGGAUCACACAUGCAGACCUUGUUUCUGCUGAUAGAGAGCACAUCCUACAUGGGGCGAUAGGAUAUUCCCUUCCUAGGGCAUCCAUACCAGGUCUCGGGGCAUUCCUGCUUAGUUUGAAACCUUCUGAUGAAUCAAACAGUACUCUAAUUAAAGCUGUCUGGGAGGAUUUUUUUGACUGCAGCUUCACCCCAUCAAAUACCUCAACGUUGUGUACUGGUGAAGAAGAUCUAAAGAACAUCACCAGUGACUACACAGAUAUAACAAAUUUCAGAGAAGAAAAUUCUGUUUACACAGCUGUUUACUCAGUAGCAUUUGCUCUACAAAUGCUUUUGCAGUGUGAAAAUGGCUUAAAUCCUUCCACAGGAAAGCUGUGUUUGACCAAGGAGGAAGUCACGCCUAAGUUAGUGUUUGAUGCCUUGAAACAUAUAAACUUCACCACUAGGAAUGGGGACAUAGUUUACUUUGAUGAAAAUGGUGACUCUAUUGCCAAGUAUGACCUAAUGAAUUGGCAGAUGAGGGAGGAUGGAUCAGUGGACAUAGUCAGGAUUGGCGAGUUUGAUGAUUCUUAUCCAGAAGGGAAGAAACUAAAAUUUAACAAUGUCAAAAUAGUUUGGAGCGGCUACAAUAAUGCGGUAAUUGUUAAACACAAUAUUACAAUGUUGCUUAAUUUUGAAGUCUAA